AUGGACAUAACAGUGAAUCUCAAUAGAAACGGAAUCGGCCUUCAACAAAAUACAAACACGGUACUUAAUAAAAAAACAACAGGAGGAGGAGGAGUAGGUGGAGGAUCAACGAUAACAACACCACCGAUUGUAGGAGCACCAACAUCACAAAUGACAACGGUAGUCACAACAACAACAACAACAACAACAACAACAAUAACAAAAACAACAACGGAUUCAUAG